AUUAGGCAACCUAGACAAUGUGCUCGCUCGUUUUACAGAUCCAGGCUAAACGCGCAACAUCUGGAUGGUCGAGCCAUGCUACUUUCUUGCAUGUCCAAUCUUCAUGGACAAUGGCUUUGAGGGAAUGAUGAAAGGCGUGCCUGAGGACGAUGAGGGGCUGGAGCUCGAAUUCCUUCGACGAGGUCUGGAAGCGUUGAAUAGAGAUGCCGCAUUCCACGUCCCAACACGAAAGAUGGGGGACAAGUCGAGAGAAUAUGACGCCCUAGUAGUCAUAGAUGAUGUCUACGAAGUCCUACGUUUAGCCAGUAGAAUAGGAUUCAAUAUCGAUCGUACACUCGAUGGCAGACUAAAGGAUGACUGGGGCAACGCAAUGCGCAAUGGCUCCUUCUCAAAGAUUAUCGCGCUGGUCGUGGGAGUUGGUUGGGCUGAAGCGACUCCCGCAUUCUGUCUUGGGCUUUCGCAGCACUCGCGCAUGAGAUGCUCAAGUUGGGGUUUUUAG